UUAACCAAAUCUAUUUCUUGCAAAGAUUUUACUGGUGAAGAUAAUUUGGUUCGAUUGUAUUGAAUCAAACGAGUUUCAGACUGAGUGAUCCUAAUCCGGCCCAUUAGCCCCUAAACAGACCCAUUUUAGCUUACUCACGUGUGAACGAUAGCAAAUGUUCAAUAAUCCCACUUAUAACGCAGAUUUUAAUACAGUAAUAACACCUAGUUACCCACUAAGCUAAGCCACUAAGCACUAAUUAUCUCACAAUCUAAUGAGCUUCCCACGUAAUUACUUUGGCCUUUUCACUCUACCAAUUUACUUGUAACAGUCAAUCUCCAAGUGUCUCUAUAUAAACUCUCUAAGGUUUUCACUCAAUUCUCAUCACAAACACAAACAAAUCAACCAGACCCACUUCUACUCUUUCUUCUUUCGACCUUAUCAAUCUGUUGAGAAAUGGCUACCAAGUCCAGUUUCAUGACUACCUUCAACGUUGUGACACUCGUACUCAUGGUGGUUUCUUCUUCCACUGUGACAGCUCGCCCUCUCAUGAAACCGUCCAUGGGCUCGUCUUCUCCUACCUCAAGCCUUGUGUACAGGCUCAGGCUUGAUGAAGAUACAGGUUACUGCUGGGACUCACUCAUGCAGCUCCAACACUGCUCCGGAGAGCUCAUCUUGUUCUUCCUCAACGGUGAGACUUACAUUGGCCCUGGGUGUUGUAGUGCUAUAAGAACCAUUGGACGCAAGUGUUGGCCUACUAUGAUUGGUGUUCUUGGUUUUACUGCUCAAGAAGGUGACAUGCUCCAAGGUUACUGUGAUGGCAAUGACUCUGACAACAAUGGUGAGGACCAUGCUCUUGCCUCCUCACCACUGCCUCUCUCCGUGGAUUUCAAGCCUAUGGUUGUUAGAUCUUCUUCUUCUUCUAACCCUUGAAUCUUAGUAUUCAGGUUUACACUCCUGCUAUGUUUUCUUUUGCUAAGAGGAAUUUAGUCUUUAUGUAACUGGAGAGGAAUGCUUUAAAAAUAGCUUCUCUGUUAUUACUUUGAGAAUAAAAGAUCAUCAUUACUCACAA